AUGGGUAAUCUCAUAAGUAGACCUAGCUGCCUGGGUCAGAAGUCCAAGCAAGUGAGGACAAAUGAGGCCUUCCUCAAAGAAUGCUACCAAAGACAGAGGGAAUGGACUGUCCCAGAGCCUCCUAAGGAGGAGAGGAAAAUCCCUAAGGAGGAUGUGGACCAAAUCUCUCCACAGGUUCCCACGCCAGACAAAAACAGAAGCUCACCUGCUCCUACUGUCACAACCACUAGCACCUUGGAUAAUGCCUGGAGAAACACACCUUCCCCAGCCAAAACACUAUAUAAUGGGUCUUUGCCCAGGAGGACCAAUGUUCCUGAGUACAGGAGAUCACCUCUGGGACAAUGUGGAACAGCAGAGACAAGAGGCACGCUGCAGAGACGAGACUCUGGAAGCCCAUGGUCAUGGAAAACUCUGAACACUCGAGAAGUCACUGAAGUCACCGAAGUCACAGAGACUAUAGUGACAGAAAUUGUUGAGGUGACAGAAUAUCCACCAGGACAGAAAGGCGGAGAUCCUAUUAUUACCAGGACAAGUACCAGGAGUACUUUGACUCUGACAGAUGAAUUUGGGGAUCCUGAAAACUUUAAGCAAAAUCUGCAGACAUUAUUAACAUGGGUUUGUGAGAUUGAAGAACUUAUGGCAAAUCAAAAACCUCCCUCAUCUGAAUACAAAGUAGUGAAAGCUCAACUUCAGGAACAGAAGCUUCUGCAGCGUCUUCUAGAGGACAGGAGGUCUAGCAUGGAAACUAUGAUGCAGGAGGGCCCACAUUUAGCAGAAGGGCUUCAGGAGGAAGACAGGGAUAAAGUUGCACUCCAACUUCCCCAACUCAAACUGAAGUGGGAAGCUCUUCUUUUAGGUGCUAACAGCAGGAGACAGAGUUUGGAGUUGAUUUUGCCCCAGGCUCAGCUCUUUCAGGAGAGAAUAGACAGUCUUCAUCAGUGGCUAAUCUCCAUGGAGCAGGACUUAGCUGAGCUCCGUUCUGCAGAGAGAGCAAUGCUGCAUUUACAGGAAGCCACUGAUCAGGCCAAGAUGGUUAUGGAGGAAAUAAAAGCAAAGAGUGCUGACUUAGGAAAACUUCAACAAUGCUGUCAUGAUUUCAUGGAGAUCGUCUCAGAGGAGGAGUCUCAGCUGGUGCAAGAGAAGGCAGAUAGCUUGCGGAUCCGGUACUCAGUGCUCAGCGUAGGCAGUGCUGAUGUGCUACAGAGGCUAGAACAGGCUCUGGAGGCUUCUAGCCGAUGCACCUCCAGUCAGGAAGACCUCCAUCUGUGGCUGGGCCGCAUUGAGAGGGAACUUCUGGGAACAGCUCAGACUGGAGAUGCAGUGCUGUGUGCUACUGAGAGACAGAGGUUGGAAAAAGCAGUGGAAAAAGAAUUGGCCUGGUUUCGAGCUACAAUCCAGGGACUGGACAACCUCAAAGUCAUCAACCUGGAUGCUGACGUCAUUGCUAGCCAGCUCUAUGAGCAGAAAAUACUCGCAGUGGAGAUUCUUCAGCACAAGUUUAACAUUGAGAAAAUGGUGAAAGUUUCUGAACUCUUACAGGCAUAUAAUGAGAGUGGGGAUAUGGGAAACCUCCAGGCAAGCCUGUAUACUCUGGAGGAGCAAUGUCAGAUAACUACUGGCACUAAUUCCCAUGUGGUGCUGCAGCUGGAGCAUGCUCAGUCUCUUUUGUCCCAGUUCUCAGAGGGCUAUACUGAGGUGGUGCCAUGGUUACAGGAAACCAAAUCCCUUACUGAUCAGCUUGCUUUGAACACCAUCAGUUAUGAGGCAUUCAGAGAACAACAGGAACUCUUACAGAGCCUAAGGGAGUCUAUAGCUGAGCACAAGCCUUUAAUAUUCCGGUUAGGAAUGUUGGCCAAGCGUCUUUCAGACCUGAGUCCUGAGCAGGCACAGCAAUACUGCUGGAAAGCGGCAGAAGCUGAGGAGCACUACCAGACCAUCAGAGACAGGGUCCGAGAAGCUGCUGGAGUCCUCGAGGAGUCUCUGCCACGGUAUACACAGCUGAAUGAGAGGAUGAUUCUGAUAGGGGAAAGCCUCGAGCGUCUCUACAACCACAUGCAGGUCACAGUGAUUCUGCAGGGCCUCACGCCACGCAUUCAGGAGGAGCUGAAGGACAACAAGAACACUCUGGGUGAGCUCUCCAAGCUGGAACUGGGCCUAAACAGUGUGAGGACUCAAGCUGAGGAACUGCUGGCCAACACACAAGCAGCAGGAGGCAGCUCCAUAGGCACAGCCAUCCAGGAGCGGGUGAACAGCCUGAGCAGCCAGUCGGAGGAGAUUCACAGGCAGUGUCAAGAGAGGGAGAAGUGGCUCCUCCACCUGCUUGAUUUGGCAACGAGGUUUUGGAAUGAUGUAAGCAGCAUGACAAUUGGGCUGAAUGAUGCUCAACAAACUCUGCUAGACCUUAACUCAAGCAGAACAGACUCCGAAACCAUCCAGCAGAGCCUGGUCACAAUGCAGACACUGAGAGAGGACAUUGAUGGACUUCAAGGAGAAUUGGACACACUUGGGGUUUUGGGAAUGGAGCUAAUGUCUGCAUGUGGAGACACAGACAAGCCAGAAGUCACAAAAGGUUUAGAUGAGCUCUACUGCACCUGGAACAAUCUAAAUAAGAUCUGGACUGAGUGCCAGAAUAAGUUAGAAGAAUCUCUACAGUUGGCACUGAAUUAUCAGGACACCCUGCAGGGCCUGUUUGAAUGGCUAAAGUCAGCAGAGCUGAAAUCCACUGAAGAGUUCUUAGUGGGAUCUGAUCUUGGAUCUGUCAAAGAGCAGCUGUGUGAUCUGAAGGAGUUCAAGCGGGAGUUAUACCAGAAAAAGCUUGAGAUUGAGAGUUUGAACCAUCGUUUUGUGGGUCGUCUCUCUCCGGGCUCUGUGCGGCUUGGGUCUGAAUCACCACUGAGCGAUUUUCGUCAGCGAUGGGACAGCCUGGAGUCAGAGACUGUCAGCCGACAACACCAGUUGGAGUGUGCACUGCUGGGAUUGGGCCAGUUCCAAAACAAUUUUGAUGAGCUGCAUGCCUGGAUCUCUCAUACUGCUGACCUGCUUCAGGCAUCUCGGCCCAUCAGCAUUGACCUACAAACCUGUGAAAUAGAGCUGGCCAAGCACAAGGUGCUGCGCAAUGAUGUGGUGUCACAUGUACACACUGUGGAGUCUCUGAACCAGGCAGGCAGGGUCCUGCUGGAGGGCACAGGAGGAGAGAGCCCUCAGGGUCUACAGCAUCGCCUGGAGCAACUGAACGAGUGCUGGGAGUUUGUGCGCUCUGAGACGGAGCGCAGGCAACUGGAGCUGGAGAAUUACCUCAGUCAAGUUCAAGAUGUAACGAUGGAAAUCCAGGAUCUUCUACAGUGGCUGGAGUACACGGACUUGAAGCUGUCCUCUACUAAAACUGUAUGGGGAAUGCCAGACUCUGCCAGUGAGAGACUCAGUGCUCAUCUGGAGCUGUGUAACGAGAUGGAUUCUAAGCUGCAUACCUACACAAACAUCUGUAAUGCUGUCCACAGGAUGCUGGAGGGAAGCAACAUGGCCCAUGGCUCCAGCACUGAGCACAGCUUAAGCAUCCUGGAGCAGAAGUGGAACACUGUUCAUACAAAAAUGCAAGACCGCAAGGCUAAGUUAACAGAAGGACUUAGUCUAGCAAAGGAGUUUAACAGCAAUGUCCAAGAUCUGUUAAACAAAAUGGUAAAGUGUGAAGAGGUAAUUAGUGCCUUGCCUACUCCCAGCUUCAUCCUUGACACCAUCAGCACUCAGCUUCAGGAACACAAGAUGCUGGUGAAUGAGGUCCAGUCAUACGGCGAGAAAAAGGCUUGUGUGGAGAAAGCAGCCUCGCAGCUGUUGGAGCUUAGCAGGAAAGAGGACUGUGAUGUGGUACAGAAUCUAUUGAUAACGGUGCAAGAUCGCUACAGGAAGCUCCACCAGCACACCACAGAGAGGGGGAAGACUCUGGAGGAUGUGAAGAAACAAGUUAAACAGUUCAGCGAAUCCUGGCAGCUGCUGAUGGACUGGAUGACUGAAGUGGAACAGACUCUGGACACACAUAAGGAGAUUGGAGUAUCACAUGAGGAGAUCAAACAGCAGCUCACUGAGCAGAAGGAAUUCCAUAAACUCUUUCGCUCGAAGAGGCCGAUGUAUGAGGCCUGCUUGAAGAGAGGUCGCACCCUAUUAGAAAAAACUCAGAGUCCUUUAGACACCCAGCAUCUUGAGAACAUGGUGUCUGAGCUCAGAGACUCCUGGGAUACCAUCAGUGGAAAGUCUGUGGAGAGGCAGCAUAAAUUGGAGGAGGCACUGCUGUUUUCUGGAAGGUUCAGCGAUGCCCUCCAGGCCCUAAAUGACUGGCUGUACAGGGCAGAGCCACAGGUUGCUGAAGAUGUGCCUGUUGGUGGCGAGAAGGAUUUGGUUAAUAAUUUAAUUGACAAGCACAAGGUGUUCCAGAAAGAACUGGGGAAGCGUGCUGGCUGUAUUCGCACCCUGAAGCGUUCAGUGAGAGAUCUGACUCGUGGAAGCACUGCUGAUGCCCACUGGCUGCAGGAGCAGAUGGAGGAGCUGGAGGUCCGCUGGGAGGCUGUGUGUAAACUCUCAGUGUCCAGACAAACCAGACUGGAGGCAGCACUACGACAGGCAGAGGAGUUUGACAGAAUGGUUCACUCAUUCCUUGAUCAACUUGCUGAAAUUGAGAGGGUUUUGAAAUAUGGAGUAUUACCUGAAGAAGAAGAGGCUCUCCUAACAUUUCUCACACAGCACAAGGAGUCAAUGAGUUCUUUAAGUAGUCAUCAGGUAACACUGGAAUGCAUACAAACCUUAGGUGAGGAGAUUCUGUCCUCCUGCCAUCCUGACUCUGUUAUUACUAUCAAAUCUUGGAUCAGUGUCACCAAAACCCGCUUUGAGGAGGUCCAGACAUGGGCACAGCAGCAAGCUGAGCGAAUCCAGGCCAUGCUUUCCACUCUGGAGGCUGAGAGAAAGGAGGUGCAAUGCAUCCUGGAUUGGAUCUCCUCUGCUGAAGAAACACUGAACCUCAGAGACCAGGAACCCUUGCCUGAUGACAUGGAGCAGACAGCAGAGCUCAUCACCCAGCACACAGUUUUUAUGGACGAGUUAAAGAGUAAAGUAAUAGUAGUAGAAAACGCCACAAAAUCCUGUAAACAGAAGCUGACUCCUAAGCAGCAGGUGUCUCCGAGCCACAAGACACCAACCAAAAGGAGAGGCCCAACAAAGUCCCACACCUCAGUUUCAUUGCCCCUGGAGAGGCUGGAACCUCACACACCCGAGCUGUGUCAACUGGUCAGUCAAUGGCAGAAACUGUGGGUCCAGGCCCACAGCAGACAGACCAAACUUGAAGAGCACCAGCAGAGACUCAGAGAGUUGGAAGAGUUUGCUAACUUUGACUUCAACAUCUGGCGCAAGAGGUACAUGCAGUGGAUAAGUCACCUCAAGUCUCGGAUUUUGGAUGUUUUCCGCAGUAUCGAUCGAGAUCAAGAUGGUCGAAUCACACAAAAGGAGUUCAUCGAUAAUGUUCUGGCCUCUAAAUUCCCAACCAAUUCCUUGGAAAUGACUGCUGUUGCAAACAUCUUUGAUGUGAAUGGUGAUGGAUUCAUUGACUACUAUGAGUUUGUGAGUGCACUCCACCCAAGCCGAGAUCCCUACAGAAGAACAAUAGAUGUAGACCAAAUCAAUGAGGAGGUGAGCAGACAGGUGUCCCAGUGCAGCUGCCCAAAGAGGUUUCAGGUGGAGCAGGUUAGCGCUAACCGCUACAGGUUUGGAGACUCUCAGCAGUUAAGAAUGGUGCGUAUUUUACGAAGCACACUCAUGGUACGUGUUGGUGGUGGAUGGACAGCCUUGGAUGAAUUUCUUGUUAAGAAUGACCCUUGUAGAGUAAAAGGUCGUACCAACCUGAAGAUAAAGGAGAAGUACCUGUCACCUCAUUCUUUUGAAGCAUCCGGUUGCAGAGGAAGCAAGAGGUUGACAGUGAGCAGGUCAAACUCCAGCCUGAGUUUAUACAGCAGUGCAUCAGCUCCUACUAGUCCUUUAUCACGAAAGGUCAGGCACGGUUACGCAGAAGUUUCUCUGGGGAGCGAUGCAUUCGGCCAAGGAGCUCUAUAG